GGUACUUCUUGAAGCCCAGCCCCCUGGAGUUACCAUGGAGACUCGUGACACAGACAGAGGUAAGGACUUUUCACUCGCUCCACAUCCUUACAAUGUUGUUUCCCCAAAGCCUGUCCACAUGGGCGCACCAUCUUUCCAUUGGUCAUUUAUCGUGCCGGUGCCUUCCUUCGUCCAAUCAGGUGUCUAAGCACGUGCACCCCCGCGGCCCCCCGCGACUUCCCAUUGGCCUGGCCUUUCUGAUCACGCUCUGCUUGCUCCUCAUCACGCAGGGAGGGGCGGUGACAAAGCAAUGACUCAGUAGAGGCCUGGCGCCAAUCAAGGAGAGGUGGGCCUCUCAGCCAGCCAAUACGAAAGCGCGUGGGUUGGCUCUUUCUGCACCUUCCAGGUCCCAGCUGGGGUUCGAGAGAGUUUGUUAAAGCGAUAGUCACCUCAGUGCGCUGGGGAUCAUCCAGGGACCAGCUAGUGACCCCAGCAGCCAAAGAGCGAAGUGGGAGAAGGGUGGUUCUGGUCACCCGACCCUCGACCCCAGCUCCACCCUGGUGAAAGGAGGUGUCGCCGCGGGGCAGCGGCCGGAGAGCAGGUGGCCUGUGAGGGGGGAAGGAGAAUGGGGGGUGAAGCAACCACGGGGGCAGCUGCCAUGGCGGGACCCGUGGCCGAGGGCCGCGUCAAGAGUCUAGGGCUCGUCUUCGAAGACGAGCAGAAAAGCAGCUACUCGAGCGGCGAGACCGUGGCUGGCCAUGUGUUGCUGGAGAUCACCGAGCCGUUGGCCCUCAGAGCGCUCCGUCUGCAGGCCCAAGGCCGGGCCCGGGCCACCUGGAGCCAGAGCGCCGGACACCACUGGCUCGACGCUUCGGGGUCCCCGCAAGCGGAGGUAGAGUACUUGAACAUCCGCCAGAGCCUCCGGGAGCCCGAAGCAGGUGAAAGCGUCAUUUUAUUACAACCUGGAAAAUACGAAUUUCCAUUCAGCUUUCAGCUCCCAUCUGAGCCUUUGGUAACAUCAUUCACUGGGAAGUAUGGCAGUAUUCAAUACUCUGUGAGAGCAGUCUUGAAACGGCCUAUGUUACCCGACCAAAGUAUAAAAAGAGAACUCCAAGUUAUUAGUCAUAUUGAUGUCAACACACCAGCUUUAUUAACACCUGUAUUGAGAAGUCAUGAGAAAAUGGUUGGCUGUUGGUUUUUCACUUCUGGCCCAGUUUCACUGAGUGCCAAAAUUGAGAGAAAGGGAUAUUGCAAUGGUGAAGCUAUACCAAUCUAUGCAGAAAUUGAAAAUUGUUCAUCUCGUCUGAUUGUUCCCAAAGCUGCCAUUUUCCAAACACAGACUUAUUUGGCCAGUGGGAAGACCAAGACUUUUCGGCAAAUGGUUGCCAACGUUAGAGGAAACCAUAUUGCUUCUGGAAGCACAGAUACAUGGAAUGGCAAGACUUUGAAAAUUCCACCUGUUAUACCAUCCAUCCUUGAUUGCUGUAUUAUCAGAGUAGAUUAUUCCUUAGCGGUAUAUAUUCACAUUCCUGGUGCUAAGAAAUUGAUGCUAGAGCUGCCAUUGGUAAUUGGCACAAUUCCAUACAGUGGUUUUGGGAGUAGAAACUCCAGUGUUGUUGGUCAGUUUGGUGUGGACAUGAGCUGGUUGACACUGACACUUCCAGAACAUCCUGAAGCACCACCAAAUUAUGCUGAUGUGGUAUCAGAAGAAGAAUAUUCUAGGCACAUUCCUCCUUACCCUCAGCCAACUGAUUGUCAGGAAGAAAUAUGCUGUCCUCUUUUUGCUUAUAUACAAGAAUUUCGAUUUCAGCCUCCACCUCUAUAUUCAGAGGUUGAUCCACAUCCUGCUGAUACAGAAGAGACUCAAACUGUUUCAUUUAUGCUAUGAUUGUUUCAGAAACUGCUGGAGUCAUGAUCAAAUUAGAUCAUGAACUCUUUCCUGCUGCCUUUGUUGGGAAAGGGCUGUAGAAGUAGGGGAACUUAGCUUUCAGUAUCAGUUUUGAACAUAAAAGCUAAAGAAUGUAGAAGAUGGAAGAAGUGUGGGCUUUUGAUAUGGACAAGUUUGCAUGAUGGCCCUUUAAAUAAUGGGAUUGAAUAUAUAAGCAUCACUGAAUGGAAGUCGAUGUGCAGAUGAAGAUGGAGUAAGUGAAGGAAAAGAACACUUGAGUGGCCCACAAAGAAAGUACCACAUACAUAAUAGAAACACAAGAUAAACAUUUUAAGGGACUAUGUCAAAGUGAAAUCAGAAUGCCUAAAAAUUUUGGGUUUCUAUAAAUAAAUCAGCAGCCGUCUUGUAGACCAUAAUCAAGGAAAAGAUGUACAAGAGGAAAAUGAUCUGAUAUAAAAUUUAAAAGAACCCUUUCCACCAAUUCAAGGCUUUCAUGUUUUAUAUGCUAAAAAAGAUUAUUUAAAAAAAAACCCUUUUUAAAAACAUCAUCAUGUUAAUUGGACCAAAUGGAGUAGUAUAAUUUAAUUUGGCCACUGUCAUUUAAAGAUUCAGUUCAUAAGCAGUAUUUUGUACAGUGUUAUGAAAUUAAAAAUUGCUCCCAGAAAACAAAAGUGAUUCAGAAUUCAAAGGGAAUACAAGUCAAAUUUUGUAUGACUUCAGCAUACUUUGUUAUCCUGGAAUUUUAAUUUUCUUAAUGGUUUUCUCGAACUGACAUGGUAGAUUUAGGAUUUUCCUUUUUUUAUAUUUCUGUAACUAAAGGCACAGGAAGGAGAUUUAGCAGUUUCUUGUAAGUUUGAUUGAUGAAAUAGACAAAAGAUAUUCAAGUUUUUCUGAAGCCUACCUCUUCAAGAGUUGUAGUUACCUGCUUAGAAGUUAUAAACCUGAGACCAAAAGUUGUAAUUGAGCUUCUGUUAUUUGCAGUAUCAGAUUAUAUAGUCAUUUGUAAUGUGAUUUUGAAAUGGACUAUUGGAACUAUUAAGAUUAGAGUAAAAUGAAGGUUAAUUAUGUAUACAUAUAUAUAAUAUGUAAGAACAUAAGUAAACAUAUGCAUAUAGUUGUAAUUAGAUAUAAGCAAGAAAGUAAUAGUAAAUGCCAUACAUUCAUAAGAGGAAGAUAUCCUCUGGAAAAAAACUUAGUUUAAACUUCAUCUACAUCAGAGUGGCAGUGACCACAUAUUUUACUGUUCCCAUUUUUGAAUAAUUCUAUUUAAAUUUUUUUGUUUGUUUUUUGUUUGUUUGGGUUUUUUUCAGGUGCAAUAUUUUGCUAUGUCACAACCUCAGGACAUUCAGAUCAUCAUAAUUGUAUUGCUGCUACAAGUACAUGCAGUUCCCCCCAUAACCCUAUUAUCAAAGUUAAGAAUCUUUGGUAUUUAAUUAGACUUUGUUUGGCAAACUGAUGAUCUAACACUAAGUUUCAGAAAGAUUGUAGGGCUCCUAGUGUUUAUUUUUCUGGCAUAAAAUGAGGUGAUAGAUUUCAGUUUUAAGUGACAAGAGUAUUUGUUUUCUGUGUCAUAAGGGUUUUGUCUCAAGACCUUGGUGCUUCCCAUAAUCAUUAACUGCAAUUAAAACAGGAAAAAAAAUUAAAUGAUUUUCUGUUUAAAAACCAUAAUCAUUAAAACAGCAGGGAUUUUUUCUACUCA